AAAUGAUCAUAACAAUAAAACCAAAACCCUGGUUUAAAGUUUAAAAGUUUGUAAACUUACUUGGAUCGUUUAGUUUCUUCGUAUCUAUAGGUAUUUUUCAUUCUGGUGACCAGCAAUGGGGCUCUUUCAAGCCUUGACUCGCCGCAAGUCCUUGGCAUUGGUGAUGAGUGAACCUUCACAGCUGGGCAAGGUGCUGUCAACCUUUGACCUGAUCGCUCUAGGUGUGGGCACAACACUGGGUGUGGGAGUUUAUCUCAUUCCAGGAGGGGUAGCUAGAGAUAGUGCAGGACCUGGAGUUGUUCUAUCCUUCUUCUAUGCAGCUGUAGCUUCCAUGUUAGCAGGUCUGUGCUAUGCUGAAUUCGGGGCAAGAGUGCCCAAAGCAGGCUCCGCAUACAUUUACAGCUAUGUAACUGUUGGAGAGUUCAUUGCUUUUAUUAUUGGCUGGAAUCUCAUCAUAGAAUACAUAAUUGGUGCAGCCAGUGUUGCUAAGGCAAGCAGUGUGUAUUUGGACGCUCUAUUUGACUAUGCUAUGGCAGAUUACUUCAAAUCUAUGUUCCCAGUAAAUCUACCUUUUUUGUCGGAAUAUUUUGAUAUGUUUGCAUUCGCUAUUUCAGUCGUUGUAUGCUUUGGACUUGCCGUGGGCCUGAAGGAGUCAAUAAUCCUUAACAAUCUUCUCUCAACUGUCAACUGCGGGAUCGUCAUCUUUGUCAUUGUUCUGGGCAGUUUUUAUGCUGAUUUCCAGAACUGGAAGCUGCCCAAGACCAUAGUACCAGUUGGGUAUGGUAGCGGAGGAUUCCUACCAUAUGGUAUUGUAGGCACCCUACAAGGAGCUGCCACAUGUUUCUAUGGUUUUGUUGGAUUUGAUGUCAUUGCUACUUCAGGAGAGGAAGUACGUAAUCCCAGGAGAGCCAUUCCUAUAUCCAUCAUAGCCUCUCUGUUCAUCUGCUUCCUGGCGUACUCUGGAGUGUCUACAGUGUUGACUCUUAUGUGGCCUUACUACCUCCAGGAUGAGGAAGCCCCAAUACCAUAUGUAUUUGCUGAGCUCAACCUAGAGUGGGCCAAAUGGAUAGUUACUUUUGGAAGUCUUUUUGGAUUCGGAGCCAGCUUAUUCGGAGGUCUGUUUCCCCUCCCGAGGAUCAUCUACUCCAUGGCCCAAGACGGACUGCUGUUUGAGUGGCUUGGACAGGUUCAUCCAAAGUUCAAGACUCCCUUCAUUGGUACAAUCGUCUCAGGAGUAAUAACAGGUUUUAUGGCGGCUGUAUUUAGCCUUAAACAUCUGAUGCAGCUCAUGUCAAUGGCUACAUUGGUCUGCUACAUCAUAGUAGCAAUGGCAGUGCUUAUACUGAGAUAUCGCCAGGAGGGAGAUUUCAUAGAGGGAGGACUCUCUGACAGUGAAAACUCUCCUCUGCUGGCGUCCAAGUCUAAACAGACACAGGCCGAGAGCAGAUUUGACCCAACCAAACCUCCAUUCACACAUGUGCCUUUCAUGGUCUACCUGCUCACGUUCCUAUGUAUACUGUUGGUGAUGGGGUUGAUUCAUAUCCAGCAUAUGCCCUCGGAUAGUGACCCAGGCCUGUGGUCGUACUUCUGUGUAGUCCUCGUACUUCUGAUAGGUCUCAUGCUGGCCUGCUUCCAGGGAAUGCCUCAUGGCACUUCUUCCAUCAUGUUUCAGGUGCCUGGUCUACCUCUGACUCCGACAAUCAGCAUCUUCCUGAACCUCUACUUCAUGUUCAUUAUGGAGUUUGACACCUGGAUACGCUUCAUACUGUGGAUGAUUGUUGGAUUACUCAUCUACUUCUUUUAUGGACUGAAACACAGUAAAGCAAAUAAUGAAUCUGACAAGCCAAUCUACGAACGGCUUCAGAACAGUGACUAGUCUAAAUGUUAGGUUUUGUUUUGUCUUACUACAAUUUGUAAGUACAAGUUUGUUACAUCUUUGUUUGUUAAGAAUUUUUUUUAACAUCGACCUUUUACUAGCCAAUAUUUUGCUUUAGCAGUAUUAAACUUGGGAGGAUCUGGUGUAUUAUUAAGUGAUAAGCAAGUGAUCAUUUUAUACCAGGCAUAAUCUGAUAAAAUAAUAAUUCUUUAUUUUAUGUUUUAUCAAAAUUUAUAAGCAGGAGUUUAGUCUAUUAGUCUAUUGUAUUUACAACACAUUUUGCAUGUAGGC